CGGAAAUAUUGAUGUUUGACUUGCAGGGGGUCUUCAAAGACGUCCUGAGUGCUCACAAAUGACGAUCCUUCAUGGCCCAAAGUGUGAUGUACGCUGACAUAAAUCUUACUGGUGGACAAAAGACUGAAAACAGACAGCAGCGUUCAGCUAAGGAAGGAAAAGGGAGAUACUGGAUAACUUGUGGUGUGGCUGCUUGCUUCCUGGUGGCAUCCGGGAUAACAAUCACAAUUCUGGCCAUCAAAGUUUCUGAAGGAGAUCUCACACAGCAAACUGAAUCAAUUGCAGAUAAAUCCUACAAAUGCUGUCCUGAUCUGUGGAUUAAAUGCAGAAAGAACUGCUACUACUUCUCUGUGAAUAAAACAACGUGGGACAGAAGCAGCUGGCAGUGUGACUCUCAUGGAAGUCAGCUGGCUGUGGCAGAGGAUGAGGAGGAGUUGGAUUUUCUCAUUGACUAUUGCAGAUCUUAUUUCACUUUCUGGAUUGGACUCAAGAGAAACCCUGAAGACGGCUGGACUUGGAUUAAUGAGCAGCUUUUCAAUCUCAGCUGGAAGACCAACGUUCAAGAAGAGAGUGGAGACUGUGCCUGUGUGCUAAAGCAGUCUGUUCAAAGUAAGACCUGCAGCACAGACCUUCACUGGGUUUGUAAGAAACCAUUAGAAAAUUAGAACAUUACAGUC